UUUCUUCUAUAAGCUAAUUUAUUAGCUGAAAUGGUGCUUAAGAAUACAAAAAGCCUUCGGCUUUACGCCCAACAACGCGAUCAAGAGCCGCAGGGAAAAUGUUCACAAUUCUUCUCCUUUCUAAAGGUUCACUUGGGCUCGGUGGUGUACAAUAAUCCAAAUAUGCAUCAAGAGCACCCGCUUCCAAUGUCGGAUAUGGAGGCCCUCGUUAACCUAAUCAAAUGCACUUUUGGCACGGGUAUUCUGGCGAUGCCCAGAGCCUACUGCAAUGCUGGCUGGCUGCUAGGUUUGAUAAGCACAGUUCUGGUUGCAGCCAUUGUCGUAUAUUCCUUGCAUGUGUUGAUCGACGACAUCAACAAGCUAUGCAAACGCUAUAAGAUGAAAAUGCUCAGCUACAGUGAGGCCAUGCAACUGGCCAUUUUGAAUGGACCCGUCUGGGCAAGACCUCUAAAUAAAUAUUUUUCCCGGCAGGUGGAUAUAUUUCUUUGCAUUUAUCAUUUCGGUGUGGAUUGUGUAUAUGUGGUGUUUAUGGGCAAGAAUAUCAAGAAACUGGCCGACUUAUAUUUUACACCUAUCGAUACACGUAUUUAUAUGGCGCUGAUCACUGUGCCUCUGAUCUUAACUUUUCUCAUACGCGAUCUUAAGUAUCUGGUACCAUUUUCCAUUAUCUCAAAUGUGUUAAUGCUCAUCAGCUUCGGUUUAAUUUUAAGCUAUUUUUUGAACGAUUUACCCAGUCUCUCAGAGCGAACAGCCAUACAAAGUUUAUCUAAGUAUCCUCUGUUCUUUGGCACAAUUCUGUUUUCAAUCGAGGCGGUAGGCGUGAUCCUUGCACUUCAACUGCACAUGACAACGCCUGAGAAUUAUUUGGGAAAGUUUGGUGUGCUGAAUCGGGCCAUGAUAAUUGUUGUUAUUUUUUAUGCAUCCUUUGGCUUUUUGGGCUAUUGGCAGUUCGGGGAUGAGACUUCUAGUUCUAUAAUUAACAAUCUACCCACCGAUGAAACCGUGCCUCAAUGUAUAAUAGCCUUGUUCACAAUAGCCAUAUUUUUUAGCUAUGCGCUGCAGGGCUACGUAACCAUUGAGAUAAUCUGGCGCAGCUAUAUGACGCCUAGACUUAUGGCGAAUGCCUUGAAAUCGGUAGAGUAUCUAUUGCGUAUGGCCAUGGUGGUUGCCUCCGUUCUUUGCGCUAUUGCAUAUCCCGAUUUUGGUCUACUGCUCUCCUUUGUGGGCUCCUUCUGUCUGGCUCAGCUGGGCUUUAUUUAUCCGAGCCUUAUUAAUAUAUUCGUUCGUUAUAGCGAAGGCUAUGGACCCUGCAAAAUAUUCCUUUUGCGCUCUCUGUUUUUUAUUUUUAUUGGGUUGUGCGGUGGCAUUGCUGGCACUAUGAUCUCAGUAGCAGCCAUCAGAGAAAAAUAUGACAAUCGUAUCUUAUUUUUUUUAAGUGCUUUUCACAUAACCUCAUAAAAUGUAAUUUUUGUAUAUUCUAAAAUUUAUAAAACUGUUUAAAAAAAUUAGGUUUCAUAAAACUUCAUAAAAAAUUAGAAUUGCUGGAAAUCGCCUCCAUAUUAUAAUUGUAACAACUUUAUUACUACUCAGAAGUACUUCUCACAUUCUGGCGGAAGGCAAAAGCUCAUGGCAUGAGAAGGUAUACGAAAUGAAGACGUUUGCAAGUAC